AGUAGAUAGAGGAUAUACUGGGAUAUACUUCUUUUAGACGCUGACGGCUCCUAAAGAAAGAUGUCCACGGCAUUGCUAGCCUUGUUUGCCGUGAUCCUGUGCAUCCUGUUCAGGAUACUGAAUGUGAACAGCGCGCCACAAAAGCCCCUCCUGGUCUGCAAGGAUCAGUCCUUCCUGACAACGGUGCUCAAGAUCGCGCCGGUCAUCGCCGAGCCAUACAAACCAACGAGGUUGUGGGGUUUCAGCGGCCACGUACAAACUAUCAUUCACAGCAUUAUAGGACGCGUUCGGUGUCCUUGGCCCAUUGGAGAACGUGUGUACAUCGGUCUUCCAGAUGGGACUACCCUUACGUACGAUCUUUAUCAACCGCUGACUAAUGGACAUGAAGAUGACAUAACGAUAGCUAUCUGUCCUGGGAUUGGCAACAGCUCGGAGAGCGUGUAUAUUAGGACAUUCGUGCAUUUUGUUCAAUGUCAUGGAUAUCGAUGCGCAGUACUUAAUCACGUCGGGGCCCUUUCCAGUGUCAAGAUUACAGCACCCAGAAUAUUUUCUUACGGUCACACAGACGAUUAUAGCACGAUGUUACAACAUCUAGUAGAACAGCACUCUAACACCAAAAUAGUUUGUAUUGGAUACAGUUUAGGCGGCAAUUUAGUGACAAAAUAUCUAGGAGAACGCGGUUCCAACAAAUUGCCUAAUAUUAUAGGAGGGAUAUCGAUUUGUCAAGGAUACAAUGCUCUUAAGGGAACGAAAAUUCUAUUAAAUUGGCAGAACUUUAGACGUUUUUACCUCUAUGUAAUGACUGAAUCGAUGAAGAAUCUUAUUCUGAAACACAAAAAUAUGCUUUUGUCCGAGGAUGUAAAACAAAGAUGUAAUUUGAAUGAGCGAGACAUAAUUUCUGCUGCGACGUUACCUGAACUGGACGAGGCUUAUACGAGAAGGGUACACAAUUUUAGAUCUGUGCAAGAAUUGUACAAGUGGAGUAGUUGUCUCUUUUAUCUAGAUAGCAUUACAACACCAAUGGUAUUCAUCAACGCGUUAGACGAUCCAAUCGUGCCGGAGGUGUUGUUAAAUCCAAUUAAAGACCACGCGGCAAAUCACUUAAAUACAUUAUAUGUGGAACUAGCUCACGGAGGUCAUCUAGGUUUCUAUGAAGGAGGUCUUCUGUAUCCAAAUCCUAUAACAUGGCUGGAUCGAACCCUAGUGUCCCUUGUGGGAUCUCUGACUCUAGCGCACGCGGACAAAGCUCUUAAAGCCUCUUAACCCAAUUUAAUUUGGUCAAUGUGUUUAUAUUAUUGGACAUUGAUCGACAACGUGUCACACAUUCUGAUCUUGUGAGAUCAAGUACUGUGCACAUGAUUCACGUUUAGAUAAUCAGGAAGAUCUAUAAUAAUGAUCUGUAACAAGACUGCAAUGAAAAUGGAAACGGCAGAUUGUAAAUUAAUAAAAAUAUCUGAUACUUGCUUUGAUUGUUUCACGAAGUGAAUAGACAGUAUCUUUCACAAACGAUUCAGAGGAAAUAAAUAAUAAUGCGCGACUGUAAAAUAACAAACGUUUGCUCACUAACAUUUUUUAAAUUGAGUAUAGUUCAGGAAA